AUGUUUGAUGAGAACCCAGAUGAUGAAGACGCGAUGGAUGUCGACGAAGAAGAUGAUGAAAUGGAUUCAGAUGUUGAAGUUGUUGACAUGAAUGGCGAUGAGGGUCAUUUAAACGCACACCUUGCGGAGGAAGAGGAGGAGAGCGACGAAGAAGACGAUGAGGAAGAAUCCGAAGACGGAGAAGAUGAGGGAGAUGACGAGGCCAACAAAGAGCUCAAUGAUGCAUUAGCAAAGAUUCUUGGCACCUCCGCGUUAGACCAGAAUAAUGAAGACGAGGAUGGCGACAGCGACUCUGAUAUGACUGAUUCUGGGAUGGAUGCUUUAACUCCAAAACUUGAGGAGGUUCUUGGCCGAAUGCAAAAGAAAGGGCCAAGUAAAAAGCAGGAACAGAAGGACGCUAAAGAAAAUAUGGUCAACUUCAAAAGCAGAGUUUUAGACCUUCUUGACAUUUAUGCCAAGAAAAAAGCAUCUAAUCCUCUUGCUGCGGAAAUUUUAUUACCUCUGUUGCGCUUGAUUCGUACUACUAAGGCCAAACAUUUAAGUGAUAAGGCAUUUUCAAUAAUUCAAUCUUUCGCAAAGUCCAGAUCAAAGGCAUCAUCUUCGGAAGCUGAGGCAGAAAUUAACGUCAAGGCGCACAUUACAUUGAUCAAGGGUAUCCAUGAGGAAGUACUCAAGGACCAAUCUAAAAUCUUUGCCAAAGCUGCCAGUACAGCUAGUUUAUCUUUAGCCUCUGGCAUAUACAGGGCGGACAAGAGCCAAUUCGAGAAGAUUGGAAAGGUGUACCUGCACACGAUGACAAAGUGUGAUAUUGAAGGGGUGAAAAUUCAGGCGAGUUUUAUUGCUGACUGGGUUAAUUGGUGGCAGAGUCAUAUUGCUCAUGCUGCGGCUGGUGCGGCUGGUGCGGCUAAAGAUGAGUAG